AGGGAGAGGCGCAUGCGCAAUGUGGGGGAGGAGCCAGUCUUGGCGACUCUGGGCGCGCCCAGGUCCUGCUUGCGUUUGGGGCCCGGGAGCUGGGGGAGGAGCCGGAGCCUUCACCGUGGUAACCGCAGCGUCUUAGCCGCCUCCUGCCGCCCCACUCUGCCUGACCCUGCCUGCCUAGGGACUGUCAUCGCCUUCUGCGGGGUGUAGGAAGCGUUCUCCGCCGCUUCAGCUGCCGGAACCAUUGUGUCGGCCUCCCGUGGAGACCCGCCCCGCGGCCGCCGCCAUGCAGGGCGAAGACGCCCGAUACCUCAAGAGGAAGGUUAAAGGAGGAAAUAUCGAUGUGCACCCAUCAGAAAAGGCACUUAUUGUUCAAUAUGAAGUGGAAGCUACCAUUCUUGGAGAAAUGGGGGAUCCCAUGCUGGGAGAACGGAAGGAAUGUCAAAAAAUCAUACGUCUGAAGAGUCUCAAUGCUAACACUGAUAUCACUUCCUUGGCUCGAAAAGUGGUUGAAGAAUGUAAACUCAUUCAUCCCUCAAAACUAAAUGAGGUAGAACAGCUGUUAUACUACUUACAGAAUCGGCGUGAUGCUUUGUCAGGGAAAGAAAAAAAAGAAAAAUCUAGCAAGCCUAAAGAUCCACCUCCUUUUGAAGGAAUGGAGAUUGAUGAAGUGGCUAAUAUUAAUGAUAUGGAUGAGUACAUAGAAUUGUUGUAUGAAGACAUUCCUGACAAAGUGCGUGGCUCUGCCUUGAUCCUCCAGCUUGCUCGGAACCCUGAUAACUUGGAAGAACUACUGCUCAAUGAAACUGCCCUGGGUGCAUUAGCCAGAGUACUUAGAGAAGAUUGGAAGCAAAGUGUAGAAUUGGCUACCAACAUAAUAUAUAUUUUCUUUUGCUUUUCCAGUUUUUCUCAAUUUCAUGGGCUAAUCACUCACUAUAAAAUUGGAGCUCUGUGUAUGAACAUAAUUGAUCAUGAGUUGAAGAGACAUGAACUUUGGCAAGAAGAACUGUCUAAGAAGAAGAAAGCUGUUGAAGAAGAUCCUGAAAACCAAAGUAUGAAAAAAGAUUAUGAAAAAACCUACAAGAAAUACCAAGGUUUGGUGGUAAAACAGGAGCAGCUCUUACGAGUUGCCCUUUAUUUGCUUUUGAACCUUGCUGAGGAUACUCGUACUGAGCUGAAAAUGAGGAACAAGAACAUAGUUCACAUGCUAGUGAAGGCACUUGAUCGAGAUAAUUUUGAACUCCUAAUUCUGGUGGUAUCUUUCCUAAAGAAGCUUAGCAUUUUUAUGGAGAACAAAAAUGAUAUGGUAGAAAUGGAUAUUGUUGAAAAAUUGGUGAAAAUGGUACCUUGUGAACAUGAAGAUCUGUUAAAUAUCACCCUAAGACUUUUGUUAAAUCUGUCCUUUGAUACAGGACUGAGGAAUAAGAUGGUACAAGUUGGACUACUUCCCAAACUCACUGCACUUUUAGUCACUGAAUAUUUACCAGGGGAAAAAAGAAGAGAGAAAUCUAUUGGAAUAUGUAAUGAAAACUAUAAACAAAUAGCCAUGUGUGUUCUCUACCACAUAAGCAUGGAUGAUCGAUUUAAAUCUAUGUUUGCAUAUACUGAUUGUAUACCACAGCUAAUGAAAAUGCUCUUCGAAUGCUCUGAUGAACGAAUUGAACUAGAGCUCAUCUCCUUCUGCAUCAACCUUGCUGCUAACAAAAGGAAUGUACAGCUUAUUUGUGAAGGAAAUGGCCUGAAGAUGCUCAUGAAGAGGGCUCUAAAGUUCAAGGACCCACUGCUGAUGAAGAUGAUUAGGAAUAUUUCACAGCAUGAUGGACCAACAAAAAAUUUGUUUAUUGAUUAUGUUGGUGAUCUUGCAGCCCAGAUUUCUAAUGAUGAAGAAGAGGAAUUUGUGAUAGAAUGUUUGGGGACCCUAGCAAAUCUUACUAUCCCUGACUUAGACUGGGAGCUGGUUCUCAAAGAGUACAAAUUGGCUCCAUACCUGAAGGAUAAGCUUAAACCAGGUGCUGCAGAAGAUGAUCUUGUUUUAGAAGUGGUCAUAAUGAUUGGAACUGUUUCUAUGGAUGAUUCUUGUGCUGCAUUGCUAGCCAAAUCAGGGAUCAUUCCAGCACUCAUUGAAUUGCUGAAUGCUCAACAAGAAGAUGAUGAGUUUGUAUGUCAGAUAAUCUAUGUCUUUUACCAAAUGGUUUUCCACCAAGCUACUAGAGAUGUCAUUAUCAAGGAAACACAGGCUCCAGCUUAUCUUAUAGAUCUAAUGCAUGACAAAAAUAAUGAGAUCCGAAAAGUCUGUGAUAAUACCUUAGAUAUCAUAGCGGAGUAUGAUGAAGAAUGGGCUAAGAAAAUUCAGAGUGAGAAGUUCCGCUGGCAUAAUUCUCAGUGGCUUGAGAUGGUAGAAAGUCGUCAGAUGGAUGAGAGUGAACAGUACUUAUAUGGAGAUGAUCGAAUUGAACCAUAUAUCCAUGAAGCAGAUAUUCUUGAAAGACCUGACCUGUUCUACAGUUCAGAUGGAUUGAUAGGUCCUGAAGGUGCCAUGAGUCCAGAUUUCUUCAAUGAUUAUCACCUUCAGAAUGGAGACUUAGUGGGGCAACAUUCCUUUCCUGGAAGUCUUGGAGUAGAUGGUUUUGGUCAGCCAGUUGGCAUUCUUGGACGCCCAGCUACAGCUUAUGGAUUCCGCCCUGAUGAACCUUACUACUAUGGCUAUGGAUCUCGCUAGUCACCCCUGUCCCAAAUCCUUUUUGAUGUGUCCUCCCAACUUGCUAGAAAACAGUACGUGUUUAGCUAACUUUGGACCUUGGCCUGGUAAUGCAUGUUGAUACCACCAUAGGUCUGUGUCAUGUUUCCUUUUUUAUAUGUUGUUAGCUGAUGGUUGAAUCCAACUCUUUCUUUUUGCUUGUGUUGCUGGUGGUGAUAUAGUUCACACAUCAGGCUACAUUUUGAGGUUGUACAGUAUUUGCCAUGGGACUUGAAAGUGAAUGUUAAAAAUCUACUGGACUGGAAAGUAAACACUACAUUAUGUAUAUUAAGCAAUUAAUUUAAUUUCUAUUAAAAACAAGAAGCUCACAGUGCUGAUAACAAGA